AUGUUUCAAGAAUCUAUUGAAAUGAAAAUGAUUGGAGAUUCGAAGAUGCCUGUAUGCAUGAAUGGUGUAUACAAACUUUUUGCAAGAGAAUCUGGCAUUAUUCAAGCAAGGCAUGGAGCAAAGAUACCUACUGGGUUCAUGAUGAAGAUGCAGAAGUCGUACUUUGCAAAAAUCCAGCCAUCAAGAAUAAGAACAUUUGGUGGCGUGAUUGACAGCGACUAUAGAGGAGAGAUAUGUGUGCUUGCAUUCAACAGCAUGAAUACGGACUUUGAAUAUGCAGCGGGAGACGAAGUUGCAGAAAUGAUGAUCCUCAGAAUUGUAACACCUGAAAUAAAAAAAUUUUAUUCUUGUUUUUGUGAUUGCAAAGCUAAUGUAAUGGCUUGCGCAAUAGCUACAACUCCUUGA